CCUGCCAAGCGACGGGCAGCCGAGAUGGCGGCAGCGGCUGGCGGGGCGUCGCGGUGUUGCGGGGCCACCAGUUUCCAGCGGAAGGCCGCGGCCGGCAGCCGCUUGGCCGCUGUGGCGGGCACCCGGCCCUCCGUUCGCCACGGGCAGCUGCUGCUCUCCAGCGGGCUCCCCUCCCUGGACUGUGUGCUAGGUGGAGGCAUAGCUGUUGGAACCCUUCUUCUUAUUGAGGAAGAUAAAUAUGGUCUUUACUCCAAUUUGUUGUUCAAGUAUUUUCUCGCAGAGGGAGUUGUCUGUGGACAUGACUUGUUUGUUGCUUCUGCUAAAGAGCAUCCUGACAACGUCUUAAAGGAGCUUCCAGCCCCUUUUCUUGAUGAGCAAAGAAAUGAAUUGGGAGAAGAAGCAGCAGCUGUUAAGUCUGCAAAUUUUCAGGAUUCUAUGAAAAUAGCCUGGCGCUACCAAAAUUUACCAAAAAUGGAGGCCAGCCCAACAACAUCUACUAAGUUUGGUCAUUAUUAUGAUAUAUCCAAAACAAUGUCUCCAGAACUGUUUCAGUCAAUAAAAUGGCACAGUUUUUACCUUCCUGAAGAAUUGUCUUUACAGCCUACAGUGAAAACAUGUAAUAUGAACAGUGCUUAUGGAAGGCUGCUUCUGUCCAUUCAGAGGGUCAUUUACCAGGAAGGGUUUGAUGGCUCUGAUCCCCAGAAAAAACAAAAGAAUAUUUUGCGGAUAGGAAUUCAGAGUCUGGGCUCUUUGUUGUGGGGUGAUGAUAUUUGUUGCAGUGAUACUCCUGAAGAUAUUCAUAGCCUUACAAAAUUCCUGUAUGUUCUCCGUGGCCUCCUCAGAAAGUCUUUGUCAGCCUGUAUCAUUACCAUACCUGCUCACCUUAUUGAGAAUAAAGCAAUUAUGGAACGUGUAACAAACUUGUCAGAUACAGUACUUGGUCUUGAAUCAUUUAUUGGCUCAGAGAGAGAAACCAAUCCAUUAUACAAGGACUACCAUGGUUUGGUUCAUGUACGUCAGAUUCCUCGGCUUAAUAGCUUGAUCUGUGAUGUGUCAGACACGAAGGAUCUUGCUUUUAGAUUAAAAAGGAAGCUGUUCACCAUUGAGUCUGAUUUGUUGAAAUAUUGCAGUAACAGUGACAUGUUUCCAUUCUGAGAAGAGCCUAAGGCUGCUUUAGUAUUAUUCCAAAUGAUUGAAAUUGCCAUCUUGCUGACUUUCCCUUGGGCAGCUUAAGGCCUGUUUACUUUUGUAUUUGUUUCACAUGUUCCCUCUGAGUUUGGCUGGCAGGACAUCAUUACCUGGUUUGACAAGACAUUUGGAGAAGAUUCAUAUUUGAUUAACUCCCUUUGUUACUGGCUGAUCAACAUAAACCUCUGAAAUUAGGUAUUUAAAGUUAAAACUUUUGAUGAAUUCAUAUAAAUGUUUGCAAAUAGGAAAAUUUAUGAGUUUAAUUCCCUAGUUUUGUUUUACUGCUAAUUUUUUAAGUAUUUGGGUAACAGUCAAUUCGUAAUAGUGAAGAAAAUAAGCGUUUUCCUACAAGUUUUAUAGUACAGUUUGUCAAAUAAAUGCUUGUUGUGACUUUUAUCAGAGAGCCAGAGGUAAGAGUACGAGCCAGAUGAUAUGAUUUUCUUUUUAAUGGCUGUAUAGCACCUGUGCAAACCAGAAUAGAACUCUUAAAAAAACAGCUCAAUUUGAAACCAAGUGUCAUAUGCUAUAUAAAGAAUUGCCACACAGCAAAAAUAAGUAAGUUUCCAGAGCUUAAUGUUUGAGCUCAGAAGAUUCUUUUCUGAGAGGUGUUUCCUAAUAGGAGAAGUAAGUCAGAAUGAAAGGAGUCCUGUGGCAAGCAAGUUGGUUUCUCAGUGGCGGGCAGAUGCAAUAUGGUACUAUGGAGCACUCUG